AUAAACGUGCGUGGUGGGGAGAAAUUUGCCAUCUCGAGUUCAUAGGGGUCUUAGGGCACCAUCCAGCGUUGUCUGCUGCCGGCCAUGGAUUAGGUGGAUGCAAAGCAGUAAUCUUAUCUCAGGUCUCAAAUCAAUCCCAUACGCAUGAAGAGGGAAAUCUCAUUUUGAGCUGCUGCCUUGAUGAUCAGAAAAUGCAGUGAAACGAGACGGUUGGCGGUUAGUACAAACCCGUUUCCUUGGAUUUGAGCCAGUGAUUUGAAUGAGGGCUAACUGUCGAGCAGCUCCCAGUCAUGUACAGCUUUCCCCUGACUAUCUUGGUACCGACUGCCCUUCAGAAAACAGCCCCAGCCUGGAGCUUGGGUUCAGGUUUGGUUAUAAGGAAAUUGUCUGUUCUGGGAUGUUUCCCAACCCUUUCAGCACUGAACCAAAACUAUCUGCUGAAACUUGUAGGGCAGGGUUGGGCGCUGCCAGGGGUGAUGUUGGACUCUGGGUGGCCUGUUGUAGACAUGCUCCGUCUGCCACUUUCUGGCUUUUGGUUUUGUGCCCGAGGCCACUUCUUAUGUUGAUCAAGCCAACUGGACAGGCGUGGGUCGGUCCUCAGCCCCUGGCGCUCACCGCCGCCCCUUUGAGGAGAAGGGGAAGGGGAAAGUGGAGAUAUACAUCCCGCCUGAUUUUCACCAUAUGCCAAGGGAUGCGAAUGAAAGAACUUUAAAGUAGUUUCACUGUUUUUAGAAGUUAUUUUUCCAGUUUAUGGACUGAAAUGUAUGUAAUUACUGACAAAACGGCAGGCAGCAACAUAGCAGUAUUCCGGAGCAUGCUAUAAAAUAGAAGCUUAAGAAGGAGUGAAAGAGGUUUAUUUUUUAAAUGCACAAUCCUCUGUUAAGCUGAAGAGAGACCCUGGAUUGUACAGCUUUACUUCUAAUUCAGUUUUCACCAAAAAUUGCAAUUUAUCAAAAAUUCAUUGCACUUUAAUUAUGCUUUUUGAUAUGCACAGGCAAUGCAGAUAGCUCUUAACAUGUUAAUUUGUUUAGUGAAAAUGUCAGUAGUGUUGUAAGACACAGUCAUGGUCUAAAAACCUCCUUAAGUAAGGAACAAGUUAGUUAUUUGUGGUUCACAUACACAUUAUGACCGAAUUUCCAGGUUAAAUUGCUGAUAAGAUCAUUGAAAACUAUUGCAGUGGCUCAGAAAAACGAGUAGGUUGAAAUUGUUGUUGCCUGUGCCAUUUCACUUUCCCUGAGGUGGUGGCAAUUCUUAGGUUGUUAUGGUUUGUGACUGAGGUGGGCAGCUGUGGGUUUGGUUCCUGUUUUGGACAAGCUGUUAAUUUCUAAGCUUUUGCUCACAAGUUAGGUGCAGAGUUUCUCCCACCAAGUAAGUGAUAAAGUUAGGAUAAACUGCAGUUACUAAUUUUGUGAAAGAAUACUUGUCUUUCUAAGGGAAAAUUAUGUUUGUGUUUCAUCCUAUGUAUGGCAGUGCAUGAUAGUUCAUGAUUCUUUUAGAAAUGUUCUUUAUCGUAAAUGCAGAAAACAAAUUUAGGCCUCGACACUUCUAUGCUGCUAUUCUACUUCUCUUUUUUCCUUGCUGCUAAUUGGAUUAAAAGCUGUUUUGGUUACUAUGGCAUCCCGGGAGGAGAUUACUGUCUGUGAAGAUGAAGUAAGGUCUCGGUACAGCCACCUAGAGAAGAUGACAGAUCUGGUGGCUGUUUGGGAAGUAGCUCUAAGUGAUGGUGUGCAUAAGAUUGAAUUUGAACAUGGGACCACUUCAGGAAAACGUGUUGUCUAUGUUGAUGGAAAGGAGGAAAUAAGAAAAGAAUGGAUGUUUAAAUUAGUGGGUAAGGAAACAUUCACUGUUGGAGCAGCCAAAACAAGAGCUGCUAUUAACAUUGAUGCAGUCAGUGGCUUUGCAUAUGAAUAUACUUUGGAGAUCAACGGAAAGAGCCUCAAGAAGCAUAUGGAGAACAGGUCAAAAACAACCAAUACUUGGAUACUGAGCUUGGGUGGUACAGACUAUAGAGUUGUUCUAGAAAAGGACACUAUGGAUGUGUGGUGCAACGGUCAAAAAAUGGAAACAGCGGGUGAAUUUGUGGAAGAUGGGACUGAAACUCACUUCAGUGUUGGUGAUCACAGCUGUUACAUUAAGGCUGUCAGUAGUGGAAAACGAAAGGAAGGAAUUAUUCAUACCCUUAUUGUGGAUGACAGAGAAAUCCCAGAGGCUGUGGAGUAGCCUCUAGUUAACUGAUUGCUGUAGGACUUAAGGUCAGGAAUUCUCAAUUACUGUGGUAAUUAUUUUCUUACGUACUACUUGGUACAUCUAGUUUGUGCUGGGUUUAUUUUCUAGUUUCUGUAUAUGAAAUGAUUCAUUUUGAGGACCAUAUGGAAAUAAUUAUAUUCAACCUCUUGUAUUACCAGUUUUUAAAAAACUAUAUAUAUAUAUGUAAUAUAUAUUAUACUACUAAGUGCAGAGAACCUUGAACUGAAGUAGAAAACCAUAUACUAGGGAAAAAAAAAAUCUUGCUCUAAUAAAAUGGAAGAUAAAUACUCCCUAAGACUGAAUCCUUGCAAACUGUGGGUGUAUGUGUGGAGGGAGGAGGAAGCAUGUUCUGGGUAUUCAGGUAAGCUGUUAAAUGUUUUCUCAGUAAGAAGUUUAUUAAACAGACUAUCAAGGUUUAGCAGAUGCAGUUAAGAAGAGUUACUGUUACCAGUACUUGUGUGACAGCAUUAAAAUAAUACUUUGCUGGGAAAACUGUUCUUU